CCGACUCCGUCCAGGACGCGGUCCAGGAACACAGAUGAAGAAAGAGGAGGCCAGGGUCUUCUAGACCUGAGGAAGGAAGGGCUGGGGGCCUGCACUCCUAGGUCUGAGGGAGGAGGGGGCUCGGGGCCGGGCUCUUUGGUCUCGAGGAGGUGGAUGCUGCGACCAGAGACAAGCGCGGUUGAAGCAACUAUAAUGGCCAGAACUCAACCCCCGAACGCUUUCACGUGACUCAACACUAUCCGCGCGACCUGGCCCCGCAAGCCACGCCCAGCAAGCCACGCCCCGGCCCGCACGCCCCGCACGCCCCUUCCCAACAAAGUCCCGCCCACCUCCUCCCAGACCCUUCCCCUCUCUCUGCGCGCUGGAGAAAUCGAGGCGAAGGUGCUAGAAAAGACUUGAAACACCCCGGUAAAGAUGGAACAGCAAAAGGAAGAGACUGGGCCUCAGGGGAACAAUCUGCCCUCCCCCGGGGCUGGGUCGUGGCCGCCUCCAGCUUUCCCAGCUCUGCCCUCUUCUUUCCUGGGCACCCCAGAUCCAGCCCAUCUGGGGCUCCCCGAGAGCCUGGCCUCUGUGACCGUCCCCGUCCGCCUGGAUGCCCUCUCCUACCUCCUCCACAGCGCCCUGAUGGGGGCCUACUCGCUGCAGCAGUCCUUGCCCUCCUGCCCCUGUGUCCCCCGGGCAUGCGGCACCCAGCCAGGCACUGCCAAGAGGCCACCCAAGGGACGCGGGGGCUGGGACGUCCCGCGCAGGCCAGGCCGGGGCCACCGGAGAUGGGGACUUGGGAGGGCUGAACAGGCAGAGAGGGGCUGGGCCAGGGGCCGUGGGGCUGGCCCCCAGACCCCGCCGGUGACGCCGCCAUCACCAGCACCGCCUGCGCAGGAGGGGAAGAAGGACACCCAGGGUCCAGAGCCACCCGUGGAGCUGCCGCCUGCUGAGGACUGGGAGGCUGAGUACUAGGACCCUGAGGAUCCCGCACCCCGGAUUCCGGAGGGCGCCUUGGAGGUCACCAGGAGAGUUUUCUUGGAGCCCAGGGUGACCCCAGCCCUGCCAGAGAUACCCAGGGAACAUCGCACUCCCAUCCCUCUUCCCUGAAAACCACAGCCUCAGAAGGGGCUCCUGCGAGUCAGCUGGUGACACUGGGACCUGACAUCGGAUCCCAAGUCAGGGAAGCAAACCUGAAUCUCAUGCCCAAACCCAAGCCCCUUCCCGGGGAUCUCUAGCCCCCUUCCUAAGCCCAAAGCCAUUUCCGCCAGCCCCACCCCACGGCCCCAGCCAUUCAUCCCCCUUCCUGCUCCCAUCUCUGCCCUGACCCACCCUCGUAGCCUCAUUCCCAGCUCCCUCAUCCCCUUUUUCCUAAAGGCCAGCCCGACCCUCAUCCUUCAUUUCACUGAAGCUCCAGCCCCCAGUGCAGCCGUGUCCUCGAGCCCAGCCAGCCUGGCCUCAUCCUCAACCCCCUUCCUGUCCUAACCCCCCAGGUGACAUGCCCUGUGACCCCACUUGCAGAAAACCCUGUUUUCCCAACAUAGCCAGGCACCUGCGGCCCCCACCCCAUUUCCUGCCCUUGGGGGAGGGGGACCGGCUUGCACAAUAAAUGGCUGAGUGUCCCUA